ACAGAGGUGACCACAGGUGACCCCUGUGGCACAGGUGGCACUGCUGGCCACAGCGGCAGCACCGGGAUGUCCUGCCCGGCCUGCGGAGCGUUUGGCAGGGAGCGAGAGGAAAACAGCAGCACAAAGGGUGGUUCGGCUUGGGACGGAGGGAAAGACACCAUUCAACCGUGACAUUAUGAAACCGCAAAUAUUUGAAAGAUUUGAAUGGAGAGAAGCAAUGGAAUGUUUUGAGUGGUACCUCGAGAUGUGCAGGGAUGCGAGGGAAGGGUUUGGGCAGUUCCAAGAAAAGCUUUCAGAGAUGUUUAAGGCAGGAAGCAGAGCAGACUCAGGACAUCACCUGUCAGGGCAGAUGGCUGGGGUGAGCACAAUGCCUGAGGCACAGCUGUCCAAGACAGCACCUCCCAAAACCUGGAAGUUUCUGAGCUUGUAUUCAGGUUGUGGCAUUGCUCAUUUUUUCAAGCAUAACCUUAUGUUGAUUGAAGUAAACAAAAAUGCUUCAAUUUCUGUCUGUCCUCCCCUCUUGGUCACCAGGGGCACGUUUGCAAGUGCAUCCAUCUCAACUGUGAUCUUGACUUGCAGGGACCUGGCCCAGGUCAAUUUAGGCUGAACUAAUUUCAUGAAAAAAUUUCCAUCUUUGAUGGAGAAGAGUGUAUGGCACGACAGCAUUCCCAGCUUUCUGUCUAUUCAUGUUCAGCCAUUCUGGCAGCUCAAACAUUGCCUUGGAGUUUCUGGGGAAUACAAACACUGCCAACUAAUUGGUUUUAUUUUCCAGUUACACACUUGGAUAAAUCUGAGAAGAAACAUAAUUUGUUAUGGUUCCAGUAAACUUCACUGCAGUAGCUAAAAUAAUUGGAGAUGCUUCGUGAUGGGUUGUUAUGAAAAUAGCCCAAAUCAGGGGUAAAAUCAGUUGUUUGUGACUAUAAAAAGAGACUUGCAAGUGAAGUGGGGAAAGGUGUCAAAAGCUGAUGGUGAGGAGGUGCACCCAGAGGAGCAGCAAAUGUGCAACAUAAUUCUUGUUCAAGGUGUACCCCUGGCAAGACUAACUUCACUCUGAUAAUUUAAUAUUUGUCAUAGCUGCUUACAAAAGCGACUUGUCUCAUCAGAAUAGUAUUUUAGAUAUUCAAUAUAUAAAAUAAAUCCGUGCUCUCCUUGUCAGAACUUGUGCCUAAUUGGAGUAUUUGCCAGCGUGAACAUGCAGAUACGUGACACAGUGGUUGUCAGGUGACCUUGUCAGAAAAUUGUCUCUUGUGAACUUGAAUUACUGGAAUGUCUCUCAGAGCUGUGGAAAAGGAAGCGUGUGAUAAUGUAUACAACUCCUCAGGAUAAAAAGAGGGAGAGUUGUUCUUUGUGGUUCUGCCAAGAUUUGUCCUCGUUUCACUUAUUCUUUCUGUGUUUGUGCUCCAGAAUUCGUGUUUGCUAUGGGUCAGACAGGAAGGUCACCUUUAUCUGGAGCUGUCAAUUAGGAGGGAAAUGGUUUUAUUCAGCAGCUACCCAAAAUUCCUGUAACAAUUUGAACUCACUGUGCAGGGUGUAGAGUGAAUUCUGAAUGAGUGUCCAGUUCAGUGCUUUUAUGGGAAGAACAAGAAGCGAAGAGUUUCCCCCCACAGACCAAAGGAAAUUCCCAAGGUUUGUAGCACGGGAUCAUCCAUCAGCAGGAUCACAGCAGCCGCAGCCCCGCCGUCAUGUCCAAGUCAAAGAGCUCCGAGUCCGUGCGGGUGGUCGUGCGCUGCCGGCCCAUGAACAGCAAAGAGAAAACUGCUUCCUAUGAAAAAGUUGUCAAUGUGGAUGUCAAGUUAGGGCAGGUCUCAGUGAAGAAUCCACGGGGAUCAUCUCAUGAACUGCCUAAAACAUUCACCUUUGAUGCUGUGUAUGACUGGAAUUCCAAACAGGUUGAGCUCUAUGAUGAGACCUUCAGACCUCUCGUGGACUCUGUUCUGCAAGGGUUUAAUGGGACAAUCUUUGCCUAUGGGCAGACUGGGACAGGGAAAACAUACACAAUGGAAGGGGUACGUGGUGAUCCUGAAAAGAGAGGGGUCAUCCCCAAUUCAUUCGACCACAUCUUCACCCACAUCUCUAGAUCUCAAAAUCAGCAAUACUUAGUUAGAGCAUCUUAUUUGGAAAUAUAUCAAGAAGAAAUCAGAGACUUGUUAUCAAAGGAUCAGUCCAAGAGGCUGGAGUUGAAGGAGAGACCAGACACAGGGGUUUUUGUUAAGGAUUUGACCACCAUUGUUACGAAAAGCGUCAAAGAGAUAGAGCACAUCAUGAAUUUGGGAAACCAGAACCGCUCCGUCGGUGCCACCAACAUGAACGAGCACAGCUCUCGAUCUCACGCCAUUUUCCAGAUCACCAUUGAGUGCAGUGAGUUGGGACUGGACGGAGAGAACCACAUCCGUGUUGGGAAGCUCAACCUGGUCGACCUGGCGGGCAGUGAGCGGCAAGCAAAGACUGGAGCACAGGGGGAAAGGCUGAAGGAAGCCACUAAAAUCAAUCUCUCCCUCUCAGCUUUGGGCAAUGUUAUCUCUGCCCUGGUAGAUGGCAAAAGCACGCACAUUCCAUACCGGGACUCCAAGCUGACCAGGCUGCUCCAGGACUCAUUAGGUGGCAAUGCCAAAACUGUGAUGGUGGCCAAUAUAGGCCCUGCCUCUUACAAUGUAGAGGAGACACUGACCACACUGAGAUACGCCAACCGUGCCAAAAACAUCAAGAACAAGCCACAAGUGAACGAGGAUCCUAAGGAGGCACUGCUGCGGGAAUUUCAGGAAGAGAUUGCUCGACUCAAGGCACAGCUGGAAAAACGGUCUAUUGGCAAAAGAAAGAGGAGGGAAAGGAGGAGGGAGGGUGGGGAAGAGGGGGAGGACACUGAAGAGGGUGAGGAUGAAGGAGAUGACAAAGAUGACUAUUGGAGGGAGCAACAAGAAAAGCUGGAGAUUGAGAAGAAAGCUAUAGUGGAGGAUCACAGCUUGGUAGCAGAAGAAAAGAUGAGGCUGCUGAAAGAGAAGGAGAAGAAAAUGGAGGACCUGAGGCGAGAGAAAGAAGCAACAGAGAUGCUGAGUGCUAAAAUCAAGACAAUGGAAAGCAAGCUGCUGGUGGGAGGGAAAAACAUUGUGGAUCACACAAAUGAACAGCAGAAAAUCCUGGAACAGAAACGACAGGAAAUUGCAGAACAGAAACGUCGGGAGCGAGAAAUCCAGCAACAGAUGGAAAGUCGGGAUGAGGAAACACUAGAGCUGAAGGAGACCUAUAGUUCUCUUCAGCAAGAGGUGGACAUAAAGACCAAAAAACUCAAAAAGUUAUUUUCCAAGCUGCAAGCUGUGAAGGCAGAGAUCCAUGAUCUCCAAGAAGAGCACAUCAAGGGGCGCCAGGAAAUGGAACAGACCCAGAAUGAACUCACCAGGGAACUAAAGCUGAAGCACCUGAUUAUUGAAAACUUUAUUCCCUUGGAAGAAAAGAAUAAGAUCAUGAACAGAUCUUUCCUUGAUGAAGAGGAAGACAACUGGAAACUACAUCCCAUAACCCGUCUGGAUAACCAGCAGAUGAUGAAAAGACCAGUAUCUGCUGUGGGGUACAAAAGGCCCCUGAGCCAACACGCCAGGACGUCCAUGAUGAAUCAUACAGAGGCUCGGUACAGGGCAGAGAACAUCGUGUUACUGGAACUGGACAGGCCCAGCCGGACAACCAGGAACUAUGAAGGGCCAGCCAUUGCUCCCAAGGUGCAGGCAGCUCUGGAAGCAGCUCUGCAGGAAGAAGAUGAGAUUCAAGUGGACGCCUCAACCUUUGAGAGCACUUCAAAUAAAAAAUCAAAACCCAGACCGAAAACUGGAAGGAAAUCACUGGGAUCUGCAUCAGGAUCAGGCACCCCCAGUUCUCAGCUCUACCCACAGUCACGAGGGCUGGUUCCAAAAUAAAACCAGCAAUGCCUCUCCAGGGAGGGAACAGCCUUUACCUUCUGGGAGCAGAGACAAGGACAAACCUGCAGAGAGAGCUCCUGGCCAGCCUCCAGCCCCUUUCCUUGGAGAUGGCCUUGUUGCUGUUUUACUGACUCAGGCCAGUCCAGGGGCACUGAGCCAUGGGAAGAUCCGUGCUUGCAGUUCAGCAUUUGGCCUCUGUGGGAAAUGGAUUUUAGUUAGGAAAUCAAAAAUGCAUGAGGUACGUUACAGUGUGUUAGGAGCAAUGGGAAGCAUGGGGAUCACCUCACAGCAUCACCGUCCUCCUCCUGCACCAGCCCUUCUGCUGCACGGGGCUUUUUGGCUGUUGGGCACUGAGAAGACAGAGUUGAAAGUCAUCUCAACAGAACCACCGCUCUAUGGCUCCACAGUGAGAACCAAAAGAGGCUAAAAAGCAGAGGAUCUAUUCAAACUUGACAAGAUGCAUGGUUCUUCCUCUUCCUGCUUGAGAGACUGGCUUCAUCACCUGGUCUGAACAGGCAGGAUGGCAGUGGCCUGCAUGUCCUCAUCACCACACAGCUGUGCCUCCCUGUAGGGCUGUAGGACAGAAAAGGGUCUUGAAAACAACUCUGUGGUCUCUAGAAAGGAAGAAGUAGAAUCUCAAGUGCUUUCUUUGUUUACAGGCAUAAGUGAGAGCUCCUCUAAGCUAACCUAGAGCCCUCACCCCUACAAACAGGAACCACCUUGUCAAAGAACACCUCUGCAUGCCAGUGUCAGCUCCACAGCUUUCCUCCUCUCUCUUGCCUCCAUCUUUACCCCUGGCAUUUAAAACCAGUGUCCAUAUGACAUCUUUAAUGGCAUAUGGCCAUUUUCUCAUGCCUCCCACUGUUGAUAAAAAAUGAAGCAUUAGCUCAGAGCUCUCCCUGCCAGGCUCAGACUCUCAGUUGGGCAGAGCACUGAACUUGGAGCUGCCUUUGAGUGCACUCCUGGAGUCUGAUCCCUUCCCUUGGUGUCUAAGGAGGUUCAGCAUUCAGUACCUCUUGUGCCUCAUCUGUUCCAUGUUAAACAGCUUUCUCUCUGCACCUCUCAGCCCACUCAGAGCCUGCUGGGAGUGAACCCAACCUAACCCAGGCUGGUAAUGGAAGCUGGUGUUAAUUCCAGGGGUUUUACUUUGAAAACAAGGGAGGAAGAACUCCUGCUUUUGACAGUCUCAUUGCAAAACUGCCCUAUGGCUAAAGCAGGCUCGUGUAGCAGGGUAGAGGGAGCUGGAACUCCACACUGAGGACAGAGUAAGGUGUCCCUGUCUAGUAUCCCACAGCUCAUUUGUAAGUUUUAGUUCACUGUAUAUUGAGACUUGGGAUGUUACUUUUUCUGGUUGCCCUUGGCUGUCAUCCUGUGAACAUUCUUACCUGUUUCCCUCACUGAUGACUCCCUCCAGACUGAAAUGUGUAAGUGUGUGAGGACUUGCCUGCUUGUAGACAUGCCCUGAUGUGUGGACUCUGCCUUGUGCUCAUUGAGUGUCCAAGGAGUGACUUCAUCCAGGCUGGAGAACUCCUUUCUACAGAUCCCCUGAGCAGGAGGAACUGAGUGCUCAGCACAGCUCACCUGUGCAUCCUGCAGGCACGGUGCCCAGGUGAGCCAGGUGGGCCCCUAAACACCAACUUGGCUGCUGCAUUCCAUGGACUGCUUUCCCGGGCUACAAGGUUAAUAGAUGUAUACACAUAUAUGCACACAUAUAGAUAUAAUAGUUUUUGUGGAGGAAGGAGGGAUUUGCUUAUAAUUGAGAGAGCAGGCACGUGACCAAUUUCUUUCAACCUGAACAUGGAAACCCAGCAUAAUCUUUGUUUUUACAAAGCACUGUUUAUAUCUAGAGAGUCUUUUAACUGACUUUUGUUGCAUAGUAUAACAUCACCUUCUCUUCCUCUCCUCCUUCUUUCUCUCCAGCACAUAAUCUUCUGUACUAGGAUAUUUUAAAAGAUGAUUGUAUGGUAUAAGUGCUCAGAGAACUGAAAUUAAAUUGGGGGGGAGGUUUAAAACCCUGAAAUAGCAGCACAAUAUAUAAUCACGUGUAUGUACAUACUUAUGUACACAUGUUUUAUGUGAAUAAUGCAUUCACAGACAGCUGUGUCUGCACAUGUGCACACUUUUCCUCAGUUGCUCUAUUCCAUAGGGAAUUCUAUUCUAUAUUAAACUCAAAUGCUGGAAACUGCCCCUGUGGCAGGGCUGGUACCAUGGAGCUCUGCAGUGUAAACCUGUUUUCAUGUUGAUGAGCCAGUGUCAGAAAGGCUCUGCUUUUAACUCUGUAGAAAUUCAUUAGCAAGGUGAAAGAAACUCAGUAGAGUGGAAAAGAAUAAAUCUGCAUAUUUAGUCAUUGUAUGUAAAUUGGGGCUGUGGGUGGAGAUUCGGUCAGUGUGUUCAUGGGCAAUCUCGGCCUGUUACAGAAGCUUUUGGAUUCUCAUUCCAAAGGACUUAACCUUCACCAGAUGCUCAGUGGCACUGAUGUUAAGAUACAUUGUCUUGAACUGUACAAAACAUACUGAGCUCUGGGUCGAAGCUUUUAAGAAACAUUCCUGCCGAGUUUGCCCUUCUUUGGUGUUAUCUGAACCAUCUGGGCUUCCUGCUGGUUAACCAAAGGCAGGAAAUCCAGCUGGACUCCUGGAAGAGGCCCUGGGACAGCCUUUUGCCGUCACCUUUUCUUCAUAGGAAUGUUUAACAUUCAACAUAAUUGUUUUUGCUCUGAUCUGUAUAAUGGGAUCUUUUUUUUUUUUAAAGUGGCAUGGAGCAGGAGUAGGCCCGUGGGAGCAAGCACCACGAGACACUGAAGCAUAGGAAUUAAAGCACUUUCUUAAAUCCUUAACUUAUGUCUAGCGCCUUUUUAAAAAUAUUUGCAUGCUGCUUGAAUCUUCUAAAACACAUACCUCUGCCAGAGCACCUGGGGCUGCGCUGGUGCCUUAUACAGAUCAGAGCAGGCAGUGUUCAGUCAGUCUGAGGUGUGUGUCUGUCCUCAGUGAACACACAGUGCUGGAGUUUGUGAGUGUACCUGGACCUGUCCUCUCUCCUGUCUGUGCUGGGCAGCGUGCACCAGUCCUGAAACAGUUCAGUGGAAUUCCUGGGGGUCUGUUCCUGCUGUGUUCAAACACAGACUGGAAAAGAGAACCUGCAAAAGCCAUAAUUAGCUACAGAGAUGGGACUGAAAUGAGAACACUGGUGCUGCCUGCUGCACUGUGCAGUGGGGGGUUGACUCUCUGGGGUCCAGGCGCUUACUGCCUUCUCCAGCCCCUUUCUUUUUGAAGAGGUGACCCAGGAUCCUUCUAUGGGCACAGCUGUUGAUGACAACUCUCAGCUCCUUAGAGAUAACACCCUCCUCCGCCUUCUCUUAGGUGAUCUGUAGAAAAAGAACCUGUCCACAGUUCUGUCCAUAGUUUUACAGCUUAUAUUUAUUUGUAUCAUCUCUUUUGUCUAGGAAUGUAAAGUGAUCCUAAAAUACAACGUGUAAUAAAGUCAAUAAGAUUUA